AUGGAUGCCGUGAAUCAGACUACAGUGACCUUCUUCAUUAUUAAGGGGAUAUCGGAUGUCCCAGAGCUCCAGGUUCUAAUCUUCAUUCUGGUUCUGCUGAUUUAUUUCAUCACCCUUGGAGGUAACAUGACCAUUCUCCUGCUCGUCUGUUUGGACCAUCACUUGCACACUCCCAUGUACUUCUUCCUGUGUAACCUCUCCAUCAUGGACAUGUGCUGUUCCACCGUAACUCUACCCAAUAAACUUGUCAUUUUUCUAUCUGGGAAUGAUAGUAUUUCUUUCUCUACCUGUAUGGCACAAAUGUACUUUUUUUCAUGUUUUACCUCGAAUGAGUUGUUGAUACUGACUGCCAUGAGCUAUGAUCGCUAUGUGGCCAUUUGUAACCCCUUGCACUAUAACGUUGUUAUGAAAAUGAAGAACUGUUUUAUGUUGGCGUUUGCCUGCUGGUUUGUGGGAUUUAUAGAAAUUAUACCGUACAUGGUUUUAAUCUUAAAUCUCUCCUGCUAUAAAUCCAAUGUUAUCAACCAUUUCUUUUGUGAUAUAGUGUUUAUCAUAAAAUUAUCCUGCAGUGAUACCUUUUCCCUGGAUGUUUUAUUUUUUACAGGAGGAUUGCUUAUAUUGGGUCUCACUCCCUUUGUCUUCACAUUUAUCUCUUAUUUCUUUAUUAUUGCCACCAUACUGAGGAUCCGCUUGAGGUCCGGGAGACAAAAAGCCUUCUACACAUGUUCUUCCCAUCUCACGGUGGUUAUUAUGCUUUACUCGACACUCUUCUUCCAGUAUGUAAUACCGUCUUCUGUCAGAAGUUUGGAUUUUAAUAAAGGUUUCUCUCUUUUUAACACAGCUGUUGUUCCAAUGUUAAACCCAAUAAUUUACAGCUUAAAAAAUAAAGAUGUAAAGGCAGCUUUAAAAUGA